AUGAACAGACCAGGACCAGGUCCGCAGCCCAUGAGAGGCAUGUCUGGAUUCCCCGCACAACAGCAAGCACAGGCUCGAAAUGCGACCCUCGCCUCGGCGCGCCUGCCAAACGGAAAGAUCGGAGCCGGAGCCAAUUGGAACUUCAACUUGCCUGUGAGCGGUACACCUGGGUUACAAGGAAACCAGCAGCGCAACUUUGGUGCUAUGGGGACAUUUGCACAGAGCCUCAGUGGAUCGCAGCCAGCCACGCCGCUCGAUUUGUCGGAGUUUCCUUCACUGUCAGGUGCACCGCCGUCGCAGACCCAGAAUCCGAGUCAAAUGGUGUGGGCAAACGCCAGCCAACGCGCUGCGCAGACCCCCGUACAAAGACAACAGCCUCCUACUACUCAACCACCGUCACGCACAUCUCAAACACCAUCCCAUAUCCCCCAACAACAGAAUCAACCUUCUCAUGACGACCUAUUUCCUUCCGGCAUGCAGUUCGCCAACCGUUUGGAUGACUUCCGCGGUGGUGGACAGGGCAUUAGCGGUCAACUAGCGGGCGGACAACCCCAAACCGGCAGUAUUGACGAGUUCCCACCCCUUGGACGCAACGUCACAGCGGACCUAGGUCAAGAUCGCAGAGGCUCAAUGAUGCAGAAUGCUGGGCUUGGGGGUUACAGCUCUGCAUCAGUGAACGGUCAAGAAACCGGUAGAAUAAUGUCUCCUGCAAACAUGGGAACUGGAAGUAUUGGAACGUCGCGAUCGCCGGUAAACCAGCAAUCAAAUGGUGUGAUAGCUCAAGAGAAAGAUGAUAUGGCCAACGCUAUGACGCCGGGGCAGCGCACCUUUACGGAACAACAGCAGUUACAGCGACAACAGCAAGCUAUUUCUGGUGAUGUGCAGGAUCCUUCCGUUCAAAGUGCUGAACAGCCACCUCUGGGACAGAUGAGUGAGCUCGAUAGAUUUGGACUCGCGGGCCUACUGAGGAUGAUUCAUAGCGAGAGUCCAGACGUCGCGAGCCUUGCUGUGGGCCAGGAUCUGAUGACUUUGGGCUUAGAUCUAAAUCAACCUGAACCUCUCCAUACAUCUUUUGCUUCGCCAUUUGUCGCCUCAAUGUCCUCAUUGCCUUUGGAACAGGAUUUUUCUCUACCCUCCUGUUACAACGUUGCCAAUAUCCAACCGCUUCAAUCUCGUAUCCCUAGUUUCAGCGAUGAAUCUCUCUUUUACAUAUUCUACAGCAUGCCUCGUGACAUCAUGCAAGAACUCGCGGCGGAGGAAUUGAUGGGCCGCAAAUGGAGAUAUCACAAGAUCGAACGGUGUUGGCUGACCCGUGAUGAGACGUAUCCUGGUCCGGUUGAUGUUGAGCGUGGCGUGAGCGAGCGUGGAGUCUACCUCAUAUGGGAUCCUACCAGCUGGAAGAAGAUUAGGCGUGAGUUCAUUCUGCGAUAUGAGGAUUUGGACAACAGACUUGACCCCGGCCGUGGCAUUGCGCGCACAGCCGGAUUCCCACCCGGUUCAUGA